UCUUGACUGCAGGCUGAGGUGGUGGUUGAAGCAAAUCAGUUUUUAACUAAUUGUUGUUGUCUUUCUGCCCGAAAUUCUCCUGUUGUAUUAAAAUUUAUCCAAAACUAUGGCUUCUUCAGAUGUUGCUCGGCAACCGGAUAAGGGGGUCCGACCCCUCUCUCUGUCUGGUCAUGUGGGGUUUGACAGCCUUCCCGAUCAACUUGUCAACAAGUCUAUCUACCAAGGCUUCUGCUUCAAUAUUCUUUGCAUUGGUGAGACCGGUAUUGGUAAGUCUACGCUGAUGGACACUCUGUUCAACACCAAUUUUGAGAACUUUGAGUCAUCUCACUUUGAGCCUCAGGUGAAACUGCGAGCUCAAACGUAUGACCUGCAGGAGAGUAAUGUCCGACUGCGCCUCACUGUUGUAAACACUGUGGGGUUUGGAGACCAGAUGAACAAACAGGAGAGUUACCAGCCGGUGGUGGACUAUAUUGACAGACAGUUUGAGAGUUAUUUGCAGGAGGAGUUAAAAAUCAAACGCUCUCUCCAUAACUUCCAUGAUUCGCGAGUCCAUGCCUGCCUUUAUUUCAUCUCUCCCUCUGGUCAUUCCCUGAAAUCACUGGACCUUGUCACCAUGAAGAAAUUAGACAGCAAGGUGAACAUCAUUCCAGUGAUCGCCAAAGCUGACACCAUCAGUAAGAGUGAACUACACAAGUUCAAGAUUAAAAUCAUGAGUGAGCUUGUAAGCAAUGGAGUCCAGAUCUAUCAGUUCCCGCUGGAUGAUGAGACCGUCGCCAAAGUCAACACCACGAUGAAUGGCCACUUGCCGUUUGCAGUAGUAGGCAGCACAGAGGAAGUGUGUGUUGGGAAUAAGAUGGUGAAGGCUCGCCAAUAUCCCUGGGGUGUUGUACAAGUGGAGAAUGAAAAUCACUGUGACUUUGUGAAGUUGAGGGAAAUGCUGAUCUGUGUAAACAUGGAGGACCUGAGAGAACAAACCCACACUCGCCACUAUGAGCUGUACAGGCGCUGCAAACUAGAGGAGAUGGGAUUCAAAGACACAGACCCUGAGUGCAAACCUGUCAGUUUGCAGCAAACCUAUGAGGCCAAGCGUCAGGAGUUCCUGGUCGAGCUGCAGAAGAGGGAGGAUGAGAUGAGGCAGAUGUUUGUGCAGAGAGUGAAGGAGAAGGAGGCUGAGCUGAAAGAGGCUGAGAGAGAGCUGCAGAGUCGUUUUGAGCAACUGAAGCGCCUCCAUGCAGACGAGAAAGCAGCCCUGGAGGAAAAGAAGAGACUCUUGGAGGAGGACCAGAGUUCAUUUGGCAAAAGACGAGCAGCCGCCCAGCUUCUGCAGGCGCAGAGUCUCACCGCCAAUGGCAAGAAGGACCGCAAGAAUUCUGGCUUCAUGUGAACUUCUGGGACCUGAAGUCAAACCUGUGACAUUCAGCCCUGUGACAUCAUUUCCUUUUCACGAUGGCCAGUCUCAAACACUAACCGGACAAACGGCCCAACACAAACUAGCCGUGUGUUUUUGUUUUUGUGCCAAAGGUUAAAUGACUGUACUCUAAAUCUCAAACACUUUUUUUUUUAAUCUUGUUUGUGUGUAAUUUUAUAUUAAUCCUCUCAUUUUAUGUCAGAUCUUUUUCGUUUUUCACCAGACUGACCUGAAUCAGUCCUCACAGGACCUCUCAUCCUGAUUAUGUAGCUGGCAAAAACAAAACAAGAUGUUGUGUAUUUGCACCUCGUCAAUGCCGUGCACAGCCUCAGUACAAACUACAUAAAGAAAGGAAAAGUAUUUUUCUGACCCAUGACACAUAUUCAGUGUAAUUAUAGUUGUACAGUUUACCUGGAAGUUGCGGCUUGGUUUUGGUACAUUUUUAUAUCCGUAUAUUUGUACACAUUAUAUUUUACUGGCUUUUUUUGUGUGUGUAAUUCCUGCUGACUUGUACAGCGUAAGUUUGAAAUGCAGCCUGCGUUAAAAGAGCUGACACGUGGGAAUAACUGCAGGAUGUCGAGUCACAGCUGAGGGAAGGAAGAUGCUUUUCUAACUGUAUUUAUAUAAUUUUUUAUUCACUUCUCUCUGCAGCAGACAUGGUAGAUGUCUGCAUCAGAGCAAUCAAUGGAAGCUUUUGUGACUUUCAGCUUUUAUCCAUGUAUUUUUUUAUUUUUAUGUUUUAGACACAGUCACUUUACAUUUACACUAGUGCUUAACACAGGAGUGCCUUAUCUCAGUGAAAUGUGCCUGAAAAUACACAAUGCUUUUUACUUCUGCUUACAGGGAACAAUGCACAUGCAGGUAUAGGUUUUGUUACACUUAUAUUUAAGGAAUAAACAGUGUUAUUUGGGAUCUUUUUUCAUUCCUUUUCAAUAAAUGUAUUUUGUCAUGAUACAAGAUGAUUAUGGUUUUA